AUGGUUCGUCCAUCAAUCUGGACCCUAGCGUGGACUGCCACGGCGGUCGCUUCCUCGGCCUGGGCAGCAGUAGAUGGCAACAAGACACUCGACAAUACCGUUGUCGGCGCAUUCAUCAUCGAGUGUGAGACCGGCCAAGACAUUGAACCUCUGACAAAGGCCAUCCAGCAGCAGGAUGGCCAAGUGCGUCGCAAGUUUGACUCUAAGAUCUUUUACGGAAUUUCGGUCCAACUGGCGAACGCGACCGGGGUAACGAGUGCCGAGAUACGGAACAUCAAGGGCGUCAAGGAGAUAUGGCCCGUGAACUUGAUGAGCAGCACAGCGAGCGACAUGCCCGGAGAGCAGCCAGAGAAACAGCAGUCUGGACACCAGCAGGCACGUUGGAGCAGUGGCCUUGCAUCCCGCGCCGCCGGCCAAAGCCUCGAGUCCCCGUGGCAUCAUGUCUUGACACAGGUGGAUAAGCUUCAUGCGGAGGGCCUUUCUGGUAAUGGCAUUAAAAUUGCCCUUGUCGACACGGGUGUCGACUACACGCACCCGGCCCUAGGCGGCUGCUUCGGCCAACACUGCCGAGUCGUCAAAGGGGAUAACUUGGCCAAGGACGGGAAAAAAGGCGACCCCAUGGACUGCGUUGGCCAUGGCACUGCAGUGGCUGGUAUCCUGGCUGGAUACGAUGAGAAGGGUGGCUUCGUUGGUGUAGCUCCCAACGCGACGCUGGCCGCAUAUCGAGUCUUGAACUGCAAUUCAGUUGGGGAAGAGGAUGACAUUGUAGCCGGUUGGCUCAAGGCAUUUGAAGAUGGUGCCCAGAUUAUUGCCUCGUCUACUGGCUUCCAGGGCUCUGGAUGGGCACAUAGUCCUGUCGCAGCCGUGGCCUCGCGCAUCGCCGCCAGCGGUGUGCCUUGCAUUGGCGGCAACGGUAACAAUAAGAAAGCAGGCCUAUUUUAUGCCAUGAGUCCUGCGACUGGGCGAGGUGUUGUAUCCGUCAAUUCAUUUGCCCACAAGUUUAUGACGCAGCAGGGCAUGGACAGCAACGGUAGCGUUGCCGUCGAAACGGCCGGCAUGUCGCAGUUCUCAGCCUCUGGGCCGACCUGGGACCUCGACAUUAAGCCCAACGUUGGCGCGCCCGGCGACGAUAUCCCUUGUCCGAAGCGGGGCGGCGGUUACGACAAGUGCUCGGGUACAUCAUAUUCUGGGCCGCAGGUCGCCGGCAUCGUGGCUCUCAUCGCCGAGCGCCGUCAGAACUUUGACCCGGCGCUCCUCAAUAGCCUCCUGAUGGCCACUGCCGAACUGCAAAAAGACAACAACGACCUUAUUCCGGUCAUGCAGCAGGGAGGCGGCCUUGUCCGGGCUUGGGACGCCGCCUACGCCACGACGCUUCUGGAGCCAGCCAGCCUUGCCUUUAACGAUACCGACCACCGGGUCGCGUCUAUCAAGCUCCGCAUUACCAAUACGGCCAAGUCGGAGACGGUGUACCACCUCUCUAAUGUUCCUGGCCGUACCGUAUAUGCCCGUUAUUUCCGCUCAUUUAAAAACCCCGAGUUUGUAGAAGCCCCCGCCACAGUCAAUCUUGACAAGAGCUCCGUCACGCUCGCCCCCGAUCAGUCAGCCACUAUCGAGGUCUCGGCCGAGGACCCCAAGAACCUUGACUCGAACCUACUGCCGUUAUGGUCCGGUUGGAUCGCCGUUAAUGGUUCUGAUGGCAGCUCGCUGGCCGUCCCGUACCUGGGUCUCUCCGGCUCACUGCACGAGCACCAAGUCCUUGCACCCAAUGGAGCCGAGCUUGCAGAAUACCAACAAGGCUCGACAGGGCAACCACGGCCCCUCGCCGAGGGCACAGAGUUCAAAUUUGUCGCUAACAAGGAGGGCGUCUGGAGCAUUUCGGUGCCGUUUACCUUUGAAUUGGAACUCGCAUCGCCUCUUUUGCGCGCCGAGCUUGUGCCCUUGUCGCCUCCCCAAUGGCUGGCUGAGCGUCUGACAGACAACAAGACUCUUUUGGCCUUUACUGUACAGGGGCUGGGUCGCUACUGGGACUCAGUUCGGAAGCCUACCAAGAAGUGGAACGGUCAACUCGAAUCGGGCGACUACGGUCCCAAGGGCGAUUACAAGUUCAAGGUGCGCGCCUUGAGAAUCUUUGGCAACCCCAACGUUGAAUCAGACUGGGACGUUUCCGAGACGGUCAAGUUCCAAGUUGGUGAGCUGGCGGGCGAUACGGCCUGCAAGAGUUACCAAUCUGGCGGGGAAAAGAUGCACGAGAAUGCCCUGUUCCAAAGUCACGAGGAGUGCAUGAAGUUCCAUGGCAGUGUAGCAACAGUUCCGGUCAAACAAUGCCGUUCCUCGGGACUGAAGGCUUUGGACGGUAAAAAGUGCCCAGACGGUACGACUCUACAGGAGUGGAAGGCGGGAAUGCCGUAUCCGAAGAAGGGCGCAGAUGGAUGUUACUAUUUUGACACGCAUUGUGCGUAA